AGUGCUUGAUAAAUUUUUCCUUUUGAUUUCUAGUCUGCCACAGAAAACUCUUUGAUGAUCAUUGAUGAACUAGGACGAGGAACAUCUACAUAUGAUGGUUUUGGAUUGGCAUGGGCAAUAUCCAAGCACAUUGCAACUCAGGUGAAAGGAUUUUGCCUUUUUGCAACACAUUUUCAUGAGCUGACUAUGCUUGCUGAUAAGAUUUCCAGCGUGAACAACCUACAUGUAUCCGCUUUGACAUCCAAUGACACACUGACACUGCUCUACAGGGUCAAGCAAGGACCAUGUGACCAGAGCUUUGGAAUUCAUGUUGCAGAAUUGGCCCACUUUCCCAUGCAUGUAAUUGAGUUUUCAAAGAAAAAAGCAUCAGAACUUGAAGAUUUCCAGUCAGUGGAUACAGAAAUUUCUCUUAAAGGCGAUGAUGAACCAGCAGUGAAAAAGAGAAAAAUGGAAAAGGAGGAAGGUGAACAAAUUAUCAAAGGAUUUCUGGAAAGAGUGCAGAGAAUGGCAACCUCGGAAAUAACUGACCAAGAUACUGUUUGCCAAAUGAAAACACUGAAGCAGCAAGUCCUGGAUGAAAAUAAUGCAUUUAUAAGAGAUGUCGUAGCGAAAAGAAUUUAAGAACAUAAAAGUAGCUAGUUUUCCAUUUGAAUGUUAAUGAUGGACAAGCUCCUCAAUGUUGGAUCUAAUGCUCAUGUCUACAAUUAUCAUUUUCAUUCAUAUUUCAUGUAUAUGUAUUAUAAUUAUUGAAAGCAUUGAUAAUGAAAUUGCUUUAAAUUGUUACAUCUGAAUACUGGACAGUGUCAAGAUGUUACAAAGAGUCUUAAUGUAAAUUUGAAAUCAAAACUGUAUUGACCAUUUAAAGAGCAAGAUCUAAAGUUCAAUGUCUUACAAAAACUAAAUUCACAUUGUUUGCAUCAAGACCUACCUCCAAACUAAUUUUGAGGAAUGUUAAUCAAUCAUCAAGUAAAACUGCUAGUAACACUCUACAUACCUUUGAUAUAUUCCAGAUAUUUGAUUUGAUUUUGGUCCAUCGAUUUUUCACCAAGUUAUUGGCACUAGAUAGCUCAGUGAGCUUUUCUGAUCAAAAUUUGUUUGUCUGUGAACUUUUCACAUUUUCAUCGUUUUCCCCAGAACUAUUGGGCCAAUUUCAACCAAACUUGCCACAAAGUAUCCUUGGAUGAAGGGCUUUCAAGUUGUUCAAAUGAAGGGUCAUGUGCCCUUCAAAGGGAAGAUGAUCACAAAAAUGUAAAAAUAGGGUAGGGUCAUUCAAAAAUCAUCUUCUCAAGAACCAUUGGGCCAGAGGAGCUGAAAUUUACAUGACAGCUUCCUGACAUAGUACAGAUUCAAAUUUGCUCAAAUCGUGGCCCAAGGGGGUACCGGUAAGUUGAGGCCACAAUAGUGGAUCAAAGUUUUACAUACAAAUAUAUAGGGAAAAUCAUCAAAAAUCUUCUGAAGAAUCACUGGGCCAGUAAAGUUUACAUUUACAUGAAAGUUUCCUGACAUAGUGCAUAUUCAAGUUUGUUGAAAUCAUGGCCCCCAGGGAUAGGAUGGGGCCAUAAUAGGGGAUCAAAGUUUUACACGGGAAUAAAUAGGGAAAAUCUUCUCAAGAACCAUUGGGCCAGAAAGCUGAGAUUUACACGAAAGCUUCCUGACAUAGUACGGAUUCAAGUUUGUUAAAAUCAUGACCCUCAGGGAUAGGUUGGGGCCACAAUAGUGGAUCAAAGUUUUACAUGCCAAUAUAUAUGUAAAAUCAUUGAAAAUCUUUUUAAGAACCACUGUGUCAGGACAUAACAAGGGAUCAAAGUUUUACAUGCAAAUAUAUAUAGGGAAAAUCUUCUUGCCAAGAACAAUUGGACAAAGAACUUUAGAUUUACAUGAAAGCUUCCUGACAUAGUGCAGAUUCAAGUUUGUAAAAAUCAUGCCCCCCCCCCCCCCCCCCCCCCCCCCCCGAUGGGUUAGGUUUGGCCCACAAUUAGGAUCUAAGUUUUACAUUCAAACAUAUAAGAAAAAUCUUUAGAUAUGGUCCAAGAUAACUCAGGUGAGCGAUGUGGUCCAUGGGCCUCUUGGUUAUGAUUGCAGAUAUGCAUUCGAUAUUUGGUACAUUGUUUUACCAUAACAAGAUAAGAGAUCAAGUUCGAAUUUGGAUUUUGGUCCGUUGAUUUUUCACUAAGUUAUGGCCCUUGGACUUAAUAGGAAUUAUCAUUUUCCACACUUUUUAUAUGCCUGUCAUUAUAUAUUAAGUUAUGUUAUGGUGCUGGCUGGUUGGCCGUCCAAGGUCAUGUUUUCCGGACUUUUUCCCGUAACAGAUGCUUGUACGACUUUGCAAUUUGGUCACAAUUUUUACCUCAAUAGUUUGCAUUUCAGUUGGAUAAAUCCGUCCUUGACCUACUUUAGGACUAUAAAUAGUUCAAACAGUUUUCCAGACUUUUUUCCGUUACAGAUACAGAUAUUGCCCUGAAAUUUACACAUAAUCUUCCUCUCAGGAAUACAAGUUCAGUUUGUAUUUAAGCUAGAUUGGUCUAAAGGACUAAAAGUAGGUCAAAGAAUUUUCCGGGCUUUUUUCAUUACGGAUACAGAUAUUGCCUUGGUAUUUAGUCAAAGGCUUCCUCUCGUAGGAAUAUAAGUGCAAUUAGCAUUACAGCUGAAUUGGUGCACUAUGACCUAUUUAAGGGUAGAAGUAGGUCAAAGUUUUCGAGAUAUUAUUUUUUUUGGUAUUAAUCUGAAAGUUUGUCACAACUUCCCUCUCAGAGAAAUACAUAAUCAGUUCACAUUUCAACUUGAUUGGUGCACCAUACGAACGGUCCUACUAAACAGAGUACGCUGGUAAAAUAUCAUAAUCUAAUGCAAUUUAACUGCUGUUUGUAGGUGUUUUUACUUUACUUUAACCUUAUAAAUAUAUAUCUGGAA